AUGUAUUUCAUAGCUCAGCAAGAAAUAGCAAGUUUAGAAGAGAAAGUUGCUGGUUUGCAACGGGACCUCUCGACCUACGAGAGCCAGUUAGAACAGUUGCGACGUGAUGGCUCCAGCAAAGCAGAAGCAGGACGGGUUAGUGAAGGGGCACUACACAGUAAAAUUGUACAACUCAAAGAGGAGUUACACGCCAACAGCCAAACAUUUGAAAAGCAGCUCAAGGAAGAAAAAGACUCCUAUGAGCGCAGAAUACGAGAGCUCCAGAGCCGUCUAGACGAUUCCCGGAGAGACAACGAGGUUGAGAUCACGUCUAUUAAGACCGACCUGAGGUUGGCACGAGAAGAUGCUUGUCGACUACAGCAGGACUUGGAGGAUGCUGAGGAAAAGCUUAAGGAUGCUGAAGAGAAGCGAAAUGUAUUAAAGAAGGAAAUAAGUCGCGUCAAUGAUGAGAUGAGAGCUGCAGAAGAAAGACGAUCUACAGAAUUACAAAUCUUUUUGAAAAAAGCAGAACAGGAGAAAAAAGAUAUACAAAAACGACUUGAUGAUAAAGAAAGCAAGCUUAGCUGUCACCCUUUCCCUGUUGGAUAUGACUGCUUUGGAAGUCUCAAGGCCAAGCACGCAGACCUUAUUGCUCGCAUGACAACACAACUCCGAGAGUUAAACACUGUGAAACAGGAUGCUCACCGGGAGAUGUCAGACCUGAAGAAGAAACUUCAGCUGUUAGAGACAGAAUUGCUUGGCAAAUCUCAAGAACUAGAAAAUCUCCGGCUGCGGCUGUCAUCAGAAGAAGACCGCCAUAAUGAAAGCAGAAAAGAGGCUUCCAAACUUAAAACCAAGGUAGCAGAAUAUGAACGAGAACGAGAUAAUCUUCAAACAGAAUUGGCUCUUCUAGAGCGAAGACUCACUGAGCUUGAAGAUCACCAUGCAGCUAAGGAGCAGGAACUGGCCAGCAGUCUUGAGGAAUCUCGUGCAAAUGAACGCAAGUUGAAUGAUGAGAAGAAGAACCUCGAGAAUUACCUCAAUAAUGCCAACCAACAAAUCAGCAACCUGAAGGUGAAAUUAUCCCGUGAAGAGGGCCAUGUGGAAGCCCUUGAACAGCAGCUGGGCAACCUGGAAACCACCCGAGAACACCUGGAGAGAAAGUUGCAGAAUGUGUAUACUUCCCUACGCACGGUGACUCGCAUGUACCAGGAUGUGCCACCAUCGUCACCUGUGCUACGGAGCAGGAAGGGCACCAAGAUUGGUUGGUAUAUUAAGCUUACGCAUUAGUCAGUGACAGACAUGCCAGCUGGUGGUCCAAGUUCUGGCAGUGUAAAGUGUACUUUAAAUUUUUUGUCACUGAAUUAGUGUGCUUGGUGAGAACCGUAAAUACUGGUAGC